AUGGAUAUAAAAAGUAUUAAUAUUAACCGAGGCCUCCUAUGCUUGGGAAAUGUAAUCAGUGCCCUUGGAGAUGACAAAAAGGGUGGCUUUGUGCCCUACAGAGAUUCCAAGUUGACUCGACUACUUCAAGAUUCUCUAGGAGGUAAUAGCCAUACUCUUAUGAUAGCCUGUGUGAGUCCUGCUGACUCCAAUCUAGAGGAAACAUUAAAUACCCUUCGCUAUGCUGACAGAGCAAGAAAAAUCAAGAACAAACCUAUUGUUAACAUUGAUCCCCAGACAGCUGAACUUAAUCAUCUAAAGCAGCAGGUACAACAGCUACAGGUAUUGUUGCUACAGGCCCAUGGAGGUACCCUGCCUGGAUCUAUAAAUGUGGAACCAUCAGAGAAUCUGCAAUCCCUGAUGGAGAAGAAUCAGUCCCUGGUAAAAGAAAAUGAAAAAUUAAGUCGUGGUCUGAGCGAGGCAGCUGGUCAGACAGCCCAGAUAUUGGAAAGGAUCAUUUUGACAGAACAAGCAAAUGAAAAAAUGAACGCCAAGCUAGAAGAGCUCAGGCAGCAUGCAGCCUGCAAACUGGAUCUUCAAAAGCUAGUGGAGACUUUGGAAGACCAGGAAUUAAAAGAAAAUUUAGAGAUAAUUUGUAACCUGCAACAAUUGAUUGCCCAGUUAUCGGAUGAAACUGUUCCUUGCAUGACUGCAGCCAUUGAUACUGCGGUGGAACCAGAAGCUCAAGUGGAAACCAGUCCAGAGAUGAGCAGGUCUUCUGAUGCUUUCACCACUCAGCAUGCUCUCCGUCAAGCUCAGAUGUCUAAGGAACUUGUUGAGUUGAAUAAAGCCCUGGCACUGAAAGAGGCCCUAGCUAGGAAAAUGACUCAGAAUGACAACCAACUACAGCCCAUUCAGUUCCAAUACCAGGAUAACAUAAAAAAUCUAGAAUUAGAAGUUAUCAAUCUGCAAAAGGAAAAGGAAGAAUUAGUUCUUGAACUUCAGACAGCAAAGAAGGAUGUCAACCAAGCCAAGUUGAGUGAACGCCGUCGUAAACGUCUCCAGGAGCUGGAGGGUCAAAUAGCCGAUCUGAAGAAGAAACUGAAUGAACAGUCCAAACUUCUGAAACUGAAGGAAUCCACAGAGCAUACUGUCUCCAAACUGAACCAAGAGAUACAGAUGAUGAAAAACCAGCGGGUACAGUUAAUGCGUCAGAUGAAAGAGGAUGCUGAGAAGUUUAGACAGUGGAAGCAACAAAAAGACAAAGAAGUAAUACAAUUAAAAGAACGAGUAAGUAACUAA